CCCUCCUCCAGCAUCACUCUCACGUGUGCUCCACUGUCAAUCAGUCCGGCUCGUCAUGAGUCCCAUUCACAGGUGAUAUCUAUUAGCUCACCUCAUAUGCCGUCAGGUGUCGCGUCUGUGGACCAUCAAGCCGUUAUCUUUGCUGCGAGGGCGCGAUUUUAUUAAUAUUAUUAUUAUUAUUGCGGGUUUGAGUGUGUCGGGUUUUGGCAGGCUGCAGGCAGCUUUGCAGAUGCUACGUUUGAGCAGUGAGCAUGGCGGAAAAUCAUCUGGAGUACGGCUACCUGGAGGGCGAGUCCAUCGGAGAGCAUUUCACCGAGGACCCGGAGCUGAUGGCCAUCAAGGCCAGAGUUCAGGAGCUGGAGAUGGAAGAAGAGACGGAACGGCGGCAGGAGGAGGAGGAGGAGAGGUGUGACGCUGUGGACAUGCAGCUCCUGACCAGCAGUCCUCGCCCAGGACCCUUCUACAAUAUGACUCCUGAGGAGAGGAUAGACGCAGACAACAGAUCCGUCUAUGUGGGAAAUGUAGACUAUGGAGCUACUGCAGAUGAGUUGGAGAUCCACUUCAACGGCUGCGGUCCUGUUAACAGAGUUACAAUUCUGUGUGACAGAUUCUCCGGUCAUCCCAAGGGCUUUGCUUACAUUGAGUUCUCUGAUCGAGACUCUGUACAGAGUGCUAUUGGUUUGCAUGAGACCUUGUUCAGAGGAAGAGUCCUUAAGGUAAUGCCCAAAAGGACCAACAUGCCAGGCAUCAGCACCACAGACAGGGGAGGACACCGAGGCAGCCACUCCAGAGGCAGAGGACGUGGUUUCCGCCCUCCCCGAUAUCACAACAGCUCCAGAGGCAGAUUUCGGUACCAGUCAACGAGGCCACAACAUCAGACGCCCCACCCAUACUAUGGAGGACCCUCUGUAGGGAAGAGACAGUGGGGACACAUGGACUACCACGAACAGAUGCCUAAACGUUACCCGUGUCUUCUUCUCAUCACACCACCAUCAGAGGAGUUGGGUGCGGGGUCGAGCGGAGAGCACUACCCUCAGCAGCGCUAGCAUUACCGACAGCGUACACACCGAGUGGAGGGGAUAGAAGUGAUUAUUUUAAGCUAACGCUUUCAGGCAUCAUUGAGUUGAGUAUCCCGUGAGAGGCAGAGAACUGACUCUGACCUUUUAAGUUGCAGCCAUGCAUCCGUCCUUCAUCUGGGUGAGAUGUGAGGAAUGCAGACUGCGACCAAAGGUGUUGCAUUAUUAGCUUAUGUUGCUGUGAAUGCAUGGGACAGUCCUGAACUUGUUAUGCAGUUGCAUCUCUGUUUUUAUAAAACGAUGCGGAUGUUUUGUGUUUGCCUGCCAUGUAAUGUUGAAAUCCUCCUUAUGUAUAAGUUAAGUUCUUUGCUAUGUAAAUGAAUAAAUAAAACAAUGAUCCGGUG